AUGUCUUUCCUCAAAAAUGUGGAGAUGACUCGUGUGACCAGCGUUUCGAUGACCUACCUUAUUAAGCGACGAGAAGCUCACGAAAGCAUCGAGGAGUUGGUGGAUGCCUACGGCCUCUCGCCUGAUGACUACUUUCAGACGCCAACUGGUGCCUACUUCGUCAAGGCGUCGGUUCGGAUGGGUCUCCUUCCUCAGAUUCUUGAGCAGUUCAUUGUGACUAGAAAAAAGUACGUUGCGACGGGGUGA